CGGUGGGUUUAGAGUUGCCAGGUACGCGGUUAUCAAGUGAAAUUGGGCUUGUUUGAAAAUCCAGUCGUAGGUGGAAAUUCAGGGGUGGUAGGGUGUGUUUUUAGGCUACUUUUAAAAAUUACCGCGGGCGCAAAAAAAUGGAUGUUACGUGAACACGGAGGGCAAGCGUGUAGAAGUCGACACUAAAACGAAUCUUUCAAUACUGACUUCGACAAAUAAGAACCAGUAGAACAUAACGGCAUAAUGGACAGCAUGAUAAGAAAGUAGACAGACAGACAGACAGACAGAUAGACAGAUAGAUAGGUAGAUAGAUCUAACGUUGUAUAUUAUUAAUGGCAUGGUAAAUAAAACUAACAAUACUGUUAAUAAAUCCCCCAUAAACAACAUACUAAGUUGUUCACUCGUUGUUUUGAGUUGUUUGACUUCAAAUUUGUUAUAGACAGAUACUUUGGUCUAGUUUAAGCUUCUGAAGGGCGGGUUUUAGACUGACUUUCUGGACAUUUAUGGUGGACCUGGCAACCCUUGGAGAGACAGUACAGCGCUGUGGUGAACAUGUCUCGGUUGGUCGCUUCUGGGUUGGUCAGGUUUUGUGUCCGCAGGCUUCUGUCCAGCGGCUCGACCCGAGCUGUGAGCUCUUUAACCAUCAGAGAGCAGGAGGACGGAAUCAGGAGAAUCAUUUUGAAUAACCCUAAGAAGAGAAAUGCCCUGUCUCUGGCCAUGCUGAACUCUCUGCGAGAGGACAUCCUGACCGAUCUUGACAACAACAACCUCAGAGUCAUCAUAAUAUCAGCUCAGGGACCUGUUUUCUCUUCUGGUCACGAUCUCAAGGAGCUGACCUCAGCACAAGGCAGAGAAUAUCACACCAGUGUGUUCCAGGCUUGCUCAGAGGUAAUGGCUGCGAUCCAGGAUGCCCCAGUACCUGUGAUUGCCAUGGUGAAUGGUAUUGCCACAGCAGCAGGAUGCCAGCUGGUUGCCAGUUGUGACAUUGCUGUGGCAACAGACAAGUCAACUUUUGCAACACCUGGAGUCAAUGUGGGUCUGUUCUGCUCCACGCCAGGAGUGGCCCUCGGAAGAGCUGUACCCAGAAAGGUUGCAAUGGAGAUGUUGUUCACAGGUCGACCAAUCACAGCACAUGAAGCUUUGCUACACGGACUAGUGAGCAAGGUCGUGAGUGAAGCUCACUUGGAGGAGGAGACGUUGGGCAUUGCACGAAGAGUGUGCGAGUCUAGCCGGCCAGUGGUGGCUAUGGGAAAAGCGACAUUCCAGCGGCAGAUGGCGCAACCAAGAGAUGUAGCAUACGCCACUGCCACUGCCGUCAUGGUGGACAAUCUGUCUCUGCGUGAUGGGCAGGAGGGCAUCAGAGCUUUUAUAGAAAAGCGCAGGCCUGUGUGGACCAACAGCGAUGAGAAAGCCCAUGACUGACAUCUCUUGCCAAAAGUACAUUUACACAGCUGGUCCUGAAAAUCACAAUUUGAUAACUUAAGUACAUCAAUCUUACAAGACAUUUAAAUCGUGGACAGUAUUUGCUGAUGGGAGGUUUGGAACAACAGCAUCUGCAAAGGAAGUUCAAAGUAAAUUCAAGCACUACGCCAGCUACAUUUAUGCAAAUAUCUCAAAUGAUUAAAGUUUUUGUUAUUGAUUUAAAAAAGACAAAUAAAUAUUUAUUAGUAGA